CCUGUUUUUGCUCCGAAGCAACAACGUGGAUUGUGUGCAGUUUACCGGUGUAGUAACAGGGUUAUGUUUGACCAGAGUCUUGUUCAUUUUCUACAAUGCAGAUAUCUAGUGUGAACGAUGUUAAGAUUUACAAUUUAAGUCAUGGAAAGUCCCUUCCAGAGUGGCUGUCAGAUCGGAAGAAGAGACAGUUACAAAAGAAAGAUGUUGACAUCCAGCGUAGGAUUGAGCUCAUCCAGGACUUUGAGAUGCCCACAGUGUGCACCUCUAUCAAAGUAUCGAGGGAUGGGCAGUUCAUCCUGGCAGCAGGCACUUACAAACCCAGGAUUCGCUGUUAUGACACCUACCAGUUGUCCCUGAAGUUUGAGCGCUGUCUAGAUUCAGAUGUUGUGGCUUUUGACAUCCUGUCUGAUGACUACUCAAAGUUGGUGUUUUUGCACUGUGACCGCUACGUAGAGUUCCACUCCCAGCAUGGACACUACUACAAGACUCGUAUUCCAAAGUUUGGAAGGGACUUUUCUUACCACUACCCCUCCUGUGACCUCUAUUUUGUGGGGACAAGUUCAGAGGUGUUCAGACUGAACCUGGAACAAGGGCGCUUCCUCAACUCACUUCAGACUGAUGCUGUGGAGAACAAUGUGUGUGACAUCAACCCCGUCCAUCAUUUGUUGGCCACAGGAACCUCUGAGGGAAGGGUCGAAUGCUGGGACCCUCGUGUCCGGAACAGAGUGGGCAUGCUGGACUGCGCCCUGAGCAGCCUCGCUGAAGGAGCAGAAGUUCAAGGUUUGCCCUCUAUAAGUGCGCUGAAGUUUAACGGCUCCCUCACCAUGGCAGUGGGCACCAGCACAGGACAGGUGCUGCUCUAUGACCUGCGCUCCAGCCAGCCCCUGCUUGCGAAGGACCACUUCUACAACCUGCCAAUCAAGUCUCUCAACUUCCACGAUCAGCUGGACUUGGUUGUGUCUGCCGACUCCAAGAUUAUAAAAUUCUGGAACAAAGACACAGGAAAGGCGUUCUCCUCCAUACAGCCACAGACUAACAUCAAUGAUGUCUGCAUCUACCCUAAUUCAGGUAUGCUCUUCACCGCCAAUGAAGAUCCUAAGAUGAACACUUUCUACCUGCCGGCUCUGGGCCCUGCGCCUCGGUGGUGCUCCUUCCUCGAUAACCUGACAGAGGAACUGGAGGAGAGUCCAGAGAGCACAGUGUACGACGACUACAAGUUUGUCACCCGGAAGGACCUGGAAAAUCUGGGUUUGUCUCACCUGGUGGGAUCAUCUCUCCUGAGAGCCUAUAUGCACGGCUUUUUCAUGGACAUCAGGCUGUAUCACAAGGUCAAAAGCAUGGCAAAUCCUUUUGCUUACGAGGAGUAUCGCAAGGAUAAGAUCCGCCAGAAGAUUGAGGAGUCCAGGACCCAGAGAGUGCCGGUCAAGAAGCUGCCCAAGGUAAACAAGGAUCUGGCUCUCAAGCUGAUGGAGGAGGGCGAUGACGAAGCAGAGCUGGCUUCAAGGAAAAAGAAGGGCAAGGCCCUCCCCAGCAUCCUGGGCGACGACCGCUUCAAGGUGAUGUUCGAAAACCCAGACUACCAGGUGGAUGAGCAGAGCGAGGAGUUCCGCCUCCUCAACCCCAUCGUCUCCAAGGUCAGCCAAAAGAGGAAGAAGAAGCUACGUCUACUGGCUCAGCAGGCUGCCACUUCCCAACAGGCGGCUGAAGACGAGGAGGAGCCCGAGGGGCAAGCCAGCUCCGAGGAGGAGAGCUCGGACGACGACAAGAGCUGGGUGGAGGAGGUGAGGGAGCAGCGGAGGUUGCUGCGGGAGGAGGGCCGAGACCGCCGUCGGCAGGAGAGGAAGAUGGCAGACCGCAACACGGUCCUGCUGGAGAGGGAACAGAAUGGAGGAGAGAAAACCUUAAACAUCGCUGAGAGCAAGAAGACAAAUCAGCCUCAGUUUUAUCAGAUCAAAGCCGGCGAGGAGUUCCGAAGUUUUAACGACAUGGCCCGCAAGCAGAGACUGCAGAAGGCUUCUUUGGAGGACCGUCUGAGGCUAGAGGAGCACUCUGGAACCAGCAGCAUGGCCGACACUGCAGUGGGCAGCAAACAGCUGACCUUCACCCUCAAAAAGUCAGAGCAGCAGAAGAAGCAGCAGCAGGCCGAGUUGGAACACCACGAGGAGAGAAAGAAAGUGAGACGCUCGGCCGGACACCUGAGCAGCGGCCGUGGGAGAGGCUGGGGCGGGGGCAGGGGAAGAAGAGGAGGGAGAGGCCGGUACUGAGGAGGGCAGCUUAGGCCUCACCCACAGCCUUUGUCUUAUCUUCGAGGGUUGAAGAUCUUCAGCUCUAGACAUACUGGAGACAUUCUGCACAAGUGGCGUAGACUGACACUGACGAACAGUCGAGCCCUGCCCCUUGCUCCUGGGUGGCCUGGGCCAUGUGUUUAGCUGUUCUCUGCAAAUUGAGAGCAUUUUAAAAAAGAUUAACUAUGCUUCUCAGUGGAGCCUACUAUUUCAGUUAAUGAAGGGGAGAAAUAGUUUGCGUGUGUGGGGGAAAAAAAAGACUAAAGUGGAUUUUCAAUGCUUUGUUAUAACUGUAUAUUGUUAAGCCAACUCUGGAUUAACAACACUUGUACUAUGUAUUAUAUUUGGUACAACACUU